CUUUCUCUCACUCCUUUUCUCCUCCAAAUUCCUAUCACCUCAUCUGUUGCAUCCCCCCCCCCAUACUUAAAUUCACAGAACACUGUUCUGCCUUGCCAAGACCAGUACUUUGUAGGAGGCCAGAGUUAUAAUUGCCCGUAUUCCACUACAACGUCAGAAACCAGUGUUGACGUUUCCAGGGAGACUUGGGUCUCUUUCUGGGCUGCCAGUCUCCUGGACAACAGAGUUCCCCAACAAGCACCACAGGCACAGGAAUCAUUCAAUGACUCAGAUUUCCCUGUUCCUAAUUCAUGUUCAUGGGAAGAAGCUCAACUUUCUUCUCAGCUCUACCGAAAUAAGCAGCUCCAAGAUACUCUGGUGCAGAAGGAAGAAGAACUUGCUAGGUUACAUGAAGAGAAUAAUCAUCUCAGACAAUACCUGAAUUCUGCUUUAGUAAAAUGUCUUGAAGAAAAGGCCAAGAAAUUUCUGUCAUCAGAUGAGUUCUCCAAAGCAUGUGGAAAAAUUAGAAAGGGAAAGAGGAAACCCAGAGAGCAAGGAUGUCUUCUUCCUGAGACUCCCCAUCACAAAACUGCCAAAAGAAACCUCUUGAGUGAAUUUUCUAAUUGUGAGGAACAAGCUGGACCCUCUGUGGAUCCCUGGGUUCUUCAAACACUUGGGUUAAAAGACCUCAAUACUAUCGAUGACACCUUCUCAGCUAACUACAGUGCCCUCUCCUCUCAGCCCAGAAACCUCAGCAGCACAUUUCCUCAGUUUCCAGGGGAUCCAGUUGGUUAUGAAAAUGGGCCCAGGAAGAAUCUCCUAAUUGACUGUGGAAGUGACAGUACAACUGCCUCAGAGAACACUGCCAAGCACAGGGAAGACUGUCAUUUCCUUUCUCAAAUGUUAAAUACUGCAGGGGGGCUACGAACUGUUCCUUUCUAUAAUUCUGAUGUCUCCCCCAAUAAAACAGAGAUGGCUUUUUCCACAUCUCUGAGCCCUCACUGUAAUGUGAAAACUCAUUCCUUCCAUCAGGGACAAGCCUUUGUUUGCAGAGUUGAGGAGGGAGGAUGGAAGUUUACGUGGGUCCCUAAGCAGUCAUCUUAGUUAACUUCUUUUCUUUCACAAAGAACUGCCCACAAACACUGUUUACAAAGAACUCUCUUGCACUGGAACUUGACUUCUUGUAAUACAGAAACUGUUGUCCAGUCUGUCUCCUGCCACUUUAAAUGUCAUUCAAAAUUACCCACUUAAAUCUGCAGGGAAUGGCUUCCAAGAAUCCAUAAUGAAACAUGCCUGCUCUUCUUUCACCUGGAUUUGAUUGUUUACACACCAACACCUGCUGUUGACUUCAUCCCGUUGCUCUCUGUUUAAAAAGGUAUUUUCCAACUGCCUGUAUCUUCCCUUGAGACUAACUAGCUACUGUUCCAAUUAUAACAAUCAUAAAACCUUUAUUUCUUAACCAUUAAGCAGCUUAAAUAUUCAGUUUCACCCCCGUUACUUCUAUUCCCUUUAUCUCCUGCUCCUAAUAAUUCUUAAAACUGAAAUUUGCCUGUAGAAUAAGUACUAUUAUUGUUUCAGAUAUCUCCUAUUAAAUAUUCAGAUAACUGGAGGGAAAUUGGA